AUGGAAUUCGUGCUAACUGUGUUGCUACUUUCCCUUGUGUUGUGCAUCAGCGCAGUUGCCGUCUUCCGGCGUCGUGCUUGGGCCGUCCACGAUGGUCAACAACCGAUCAUCGAGAUCCACGACCCUAACAUCGCCCGUCGAGCGCUCAUGGACCACGCUGAUGCCUUCUGCAACCGACCGCUGAACCUAUUCCCCGUGGCCCUGGUCAGCGGGCGUCGCCGCAGACACAACGACAACCUCACGUCCGUGCCCUACGGUCCGCGUUGGCGCGCUCUUCGGUGCACCCUCAACGCCGCGGUCCUCCACCCGUCACGUCUUGGACACACGGACCCGCUGCGCCUCGAGGCCAUGGAUGCCCUCGUUGCUGACCUCCGCGUCCGUUGCGGCGGCGGCGGCGGCGAGAUUGUCGUCCGCGACAUCCUCAACGCCGCUGUGUUUCCACUGGUUGCUCGCAUGUGCUUCGGUAGCGGCGUGGACGAGGGUCACGUACGCGCCAUGCGUGACUUGCUCCAGGCCUUUGUGCUGGCCGUUGAUGGCACCAAGGAUUUUGCCAGCUCCAAGACGGCGAAGCUGCUGCACUGGAGGCAGUGGCGCCGGUUUCUCGCCUUCCGAGGCAGGCAGGCGCAGCUUUUCCUCCCUCUGGUCAAAGCAAGACGGAACGCUAACCGUCAUCUCAAGCUCGGCGGUGGCCUGCCGGCAUAUCUAGACCACCUCCUCGACGUCCGGGUCCCCGUCGACGACGACAAAGCCGACGGCAAGGCCCUGCGCCCUCUCACAGACGACGAGCUGGUGAGCCUUCUCUCGGAGUUCCUCGGUGCUGGGCCAGGGACCGUGGUGUCCAGCAUGGAGUGGACCCUCGCCCACCUCGUCCUCCAGCCAGAGGUCCAGAACAACAUCCGACGCGAGGUCGACGCCGUGGACGGCGCACUGUCCGAGGCACACGUCCGGCAGAUGAAGUACAUGCACGCCGUCGUGCUAGAGAGCCUUCGGCUCCACCCGCCGAUUCCGGUGUUGCUGCACGACGUGCCUGAUCAGGCGGUCGCCGAAAUCCUGGGAUGCGCCGCCGCCGCCGUGCCGGCGGAGGGGAUGCGGGCGCACUUCAACCUAGGAGAAAUCGGCAGGGACAAGAAUGCGUGGACGGACCCCGACACGUUCCGUCCAGAGCGCUUCCUCGCUGGGGGCGAGGGGGGUGGCGUGGGCCUGGUGCCGGGGCCCAAGGAGAUCAAGAUGAUGCCGUUCGGCGCGGGGCGGAGGGCUUGCCCGGGAGGAGGGCUCGCCACCAUGCAUGUUAAAAGCUUCAUCGCUGCGCUCGUACCUGAGUUCGAGUGGGCACCGCCGGCGGGAGGAGGCGUCGACCUCACGGAGCUGGAUGGGUUCUUCAAGGUGAUGAAGAGGCCGCUACGGGCGCGCGUGACGCGGCGGUAG